AUGUUAAUUUCAAGAAUUAGUAAUCAAGAAUCGGUCACUCCUAACGAAGUACUCAACCUUCUAACGGGGCGUUGGAUCAAAACUAAUGGUAAGCUAUUCCAGAAGCUGAUCCGCGAAGGUUAUAGAUGCGCUAAUAGACUUUCGGAUUAUUUGGAAGAUAUUGGAACUAUAUCUGUUGGUGAAUUCGAAUUAGAUCCUUUAGCUGACUUUUACCACCCAGCCUUAAUUCCGCCCUUAUCUACCUUAGCAGAAAGAGCAGAUAUUCGUGAAAACUUCAUUAUUAGCGUGGAAUCCGUCGUCGUGGGAGGAGAAUUACUUGGGAGCGAGCGUGAAGAGACGAAAGCUUGGAGGGAUGACUUACUCGUGAAAUUUCUUCAUCACUCAAAUUUAGCUCCUGCGAAGUAUAGACCAGAGGCCUUAUAUGAUGCAGACCUUGAAGAGGCGGGAGGACUGUUUAAUCAGUCUGAUCAUUCAUAG